CAUGUCUGUGUGACUUUAUUGAAGAGGCUUUUUUCAGUGUUUGUGUUUUCAGGUUUGAGCUCACUGAGGCUGGCUGUUUACAGACAGCUUGACCUCUUCUUUUGUGAUUGUGUAGAAAUCAUUUGCCACGGUGCCUUUUCAACAAACCGUAGCUUUGAAAAUGUGUGUGUGUUAAAUGACUGGUUAUUGUGAAAUAGUUUUCCCUACUGCACAGUAUUUACUGUAUGUUUUCUGGGAAGUUAUUUUGUAUUGUUGGCUUAGUGUUGGUACCAAUACUUUUGCAAACUGACAAGUCAAAUAUGAAUCAUACACAAUUAUUCCUUGACAUUAAAGAGGGUCAAAAGAAAUUACAUUUAUUCGUCUUCGGGGAUCAAAAUGUGUUUCUGAAAGCUGGAAUAUACUCAGUGAGUGUUUGAUGUGUGACAUUGUGGCGGGUUGAUAGUUUUCAUUUUUAUCAUUAGCUGUGCAGUUCUUUUCCUAGUUUUGACCAAUUAUUAAUCUAGCAGAAAUAAAGGUGUCAUUUUCAUGGCAUUAACACUAGUAUUUUUAAUACUUGACUCACUCUUUUAUUCCCGGGAAUGUGUAAUUAUUACAAAAACAGUGUAGAAAAAUGACGUGACUGUGACUACAAUGACCAUGAGUUCCUUUUGUGAAGCGUAUGAAAAUAUUUCUCAUUUGUUGAAUGCGAUGGGUCAUAUCAACAGGAACUGGGACAGGGUUUGAUAAGACCUGAUGGUUAAUUCUAUGGAUUGAUUAGGUUUGAGAGAAUAACUGAAAUCAGUUGGGACGAUUUCGGAAAAAAGGAAGAAAUCGUCUACAAAAAGAAUUCCAACUUUGCAGCAAUAUCUUUUGAGCCAGAUGCAACCUGGCGGAUCCGACUGACCUUAACAUCCCCAAAGUGUGGAGAAAGCAUAAACAGAUUCUGCAUAAGAAUGCAGAAUAUUUGUACAGAGAUUAGGAGACAGGUGACUAGUCAGAGGCAUGGAGGAUGACAGAUAAUGACAUUGUGUGUUCAGCAAUGGAAACCCCUUGCUCAUCCAGAACUUCUCGAACACCUUGAUACCAUGCGGUGACAAGUAGCCCGCCGCACAGUUAUUUUCCUUGCGUACAGCGUUCCAAGGAUCAUCAUGCUACGGAGUGGGAUUAACUGGAGCAAUCUUUGGUUUGGCUCCCAACCGAGUCCUUGGAGCUUCGGCUGGAGGAGCAGGCUCACUGUAGAGUCUAGCUCUCUGUAACACUUGCAGAGCUUGUCACCCAGAACUGAGAUUCUUACCUCCAGUUGGGCGAUCUUCUUGCUUUAGUUCUUUGUGUCCUUUGUUCUCAGUGUGAAUGUGUGUGACUUUGCCUGCCACAUCCCAGAAUGUAGAAUAUGGGUCCUAAAAGGGGUCUGGCUGGGUCGGCGCUAUGCAAAACCUGCCAUGCAUUGUCCAGUUGUCCGUUGGCAUACUCUAGUCUUUGAGGGCCAAUGCAUAACCCGGAUAAUCAGAUUCUUCUUGUGAAAAUGUUAAGUUGAAGUCACCAAUACUUGCUACACAUGACUCUCUAUGGAGUUAACUAUUCAGUGUCUUUCAUAAAGCAAGUAGUGAAUGAGGGAACAAGCGAGUGAUUCUGGACAGAGCCCUCUGUUGCAAGCUUUCUUGCCUGAAAACACUGGUAGCCAGACGCACUAAGCGUCAUCCUUUUCAGCCAAUGAAGGCCAAAUUUCAUCAUAAAACCACAGCAUCUUUUACUGCAUUUUGUUUUGUUCUGAUCAGAUUGCUGGAUGUUGAAUUCAGGAUAUCUUGACAUGAUCUUUGAGAGGCUCUUAAUUCACAUACCUUUAAAUUACGUAACAACAGCUCCUUUGUUCAGAGCAGUACUUAACAAAGGAGGUAUUGUCACCUGAGAGCCAGCCUCGCACUUAUCUCACUGUCCCCGCUGUCAACACAUUGUGUCUUUGUGCCAUGUUAAAUGCAGCACUAUGGGUCAUCUUUCAGCAUUCACUUGGGCCAAACAAGCACAUUAAAGUGGCAAAAGACAAUUUUUCAACUUUCCCCCCUAAACGACUGGAUUGCUUUCCCUUUUCCUCAUAGCCUACUACUAGGGACAAAUUUAGACAAAUGAGGGAAAAAGCAAAAAACAUAUCAAAAUAUAUGAUAUUGUAAUUCAGUGCUUAGUUAAUCGCAUUCCACGGCUCUUCUGGCAACAGCACAGUGCCUUUCCCUAGCUGCAACCAACGCAACCACAAAGCUUUACUCAAAUGAAUGCACAAUAACGUCACCAACAGGCAAGUGAGCGUUUGAUAAUCAUCUGGUGACAUGUAUACAUUUGGAUCUAUUCCCAGCUAAUUUCUAUGAGAAAGAGUUGCACAGGUCACACAGUAUUUUGUUUUCCACAGUUACUCCGGUUGUUCCAGUGUUCACCAUUUCCACCAUUGGAGAUGAUAACAAAGAACUAACAUUCAUACUCUUUGGUGACUGGGGAAGGCUACGACAGUUACCGGGGAAAACAAAACAGCUAUACUCUAAAUAUUUUGGUUGCACACAAGAGAAUUGCAUAGUGAAAGCCAACCAAUUAAAGUUGUGAACAGGUCACCAUUCUGGCAUCCUACAAAUGAUAAAUCCUCCACUGUUGUGCCAUCUAGCCAAACUGGAUCUUGUUGAGCCACAGCCAACAUGUGGAAGCUUUUCUGUCCAGUGCAGUUAAAGUCAACUUGAAGAGGAAAAGUCAUUAAAUCCGUGUUUAGAGGAAUGGCAAUACCUAAGCAUGGCUUGGUCAUCAUUGCCCUUCUACUGACAACUAUUAUUUUGGAAACAGGGAACUUCUCACGUCACUUCUUACCGGUGCAGUACGAAGAAGAACACUUUGUAUCUCACAUUAGGGAGAAAAGGACUGUAACUACAGACCAAUGGAAUUACAUCAUUGAGGUCGUAGUGAAUGUCCCUAAUGUAGAAACAAUCCAGCAGAUUCGGUCCGCCUUGAAUGCUACCAGUUUUCCCAAAGCACUUGAUAACAGCACAGAGAUCUCUGACAUUAACAUCACCACAGUGUGCUCCGCAAUUGAAGCUGGCUUCCAGUGUAGAUGUGAGGAACAUUUUGCUUUGCCGAACAGCAUUUGUGUCACGUACGGAGCCUGUGAUGGAAUAUCCAGUGGCAUCUGUAAAUGCAUCCACGGCAUUCCAGCUGAUGGACAGUUCUGCCAGUCAAUAUCAGCGCUGCUAACUGAGGUUGAGUAUGCAGUGGACGUGGAGCUGAAUGUUACCGACAUUGAGAUGGUGGACUACCUUAGGGGCCUCCUGAAGCGCGGUGCCUUCACCCUGGCCUUGGGUCCCACUGUCAACGUCACACACAUUGACAUCACCACAGUGUGUUUCCCAAAUGGUACCAACUUCCAGUGCAGGUGUGAGGAACAGUAUGUUUGGUCACAUGACAACUGUAUCACAUACGGAGCCUGUGACGAGAUCAUUGGGGACACGUGCGGGUGCAUCAACAGUAUUCCUACCAAUGGGCAGUACUGCCAGCCACAGACAGUGUUCUAUGAAUACCAGAUCUUCAUUGAGGUGAAAACCACAGAGGCAGAUCAACUGAGGAACACCCUAAACAAUAUACCUUUCCCUGUCCAAAUCAGCUCCCAAUUACUCAUCACAGAGGCUAAUAUCACUACAGUUUGCAGCCAAGACCUCACUAGGAUCCAGUGCCAAUGUGAGGAUGACUACCUUUGGCCUUGUGACAAGUGUGCCACCUAUGGGAAAUGUGAUGGUAAUACAAGCAGCACAUGUCGGUGCAUUAAAGCUUUUCCCAUAGAUGGACAGUACUGUCAGUCAAUAAGCAAUCAAAACUUUACGACGUGUCCUCAGACAACAACGUCACCAUCAACAGUUCCACCGGUUCUUUAUGAAUACGUCAUUUCCGUUGAGUUGAACAUCUCAGAUGUGACACUAAUAAAUGCACUGCUGUCCAUUCUGAGCAACAUCAUUUACCCUGUCAGCAUCAACAAUGACGUGCAAAUCUAUGGUGUCAACAUCUCUACAGUUUGCUCUCCGAGCAGCGCCGGUUAUCAAUGCAGAUGUGAGGACCAGUAUCGUUGGUCAUGUGACCAGUGUCUCCAGUACGGAUCCUGUGACAACAUCACUGAGGACACAUGUGGAUGCAUCAGUGCCAUUCCUCCUGAUGGACAACACUGCCAGCCUGCUGAUCAGCACAACUUUACAGCGUGUCCUAUUUCAACAACAACUCCAUCAACAACUGCAACAACAGGCGUGAUCACAACAGCAGUAACCACAACAACUACAACAAUUGGAACAACUCCAACCCCCAAAACGGCUACAAGUACCAAGGCUACAACCACUACCACCACCAGAGUUUCUCCCACUAUCUCCACCACUACUGACAGCCAAACAGAAUUCAACGUGGAAAUGUCUGUCGAAUUAAACAAAACCUACACAGACGAUUUAAAUAAUGCAUCAAGUUUUGCAUACAAGGAUCUUAGGAAAAAUAUUCGUACAGUGUUAUUUAACCAGUAUAAGGGAAUCACAGGGUUUGUCAAUGUCUCUGUGACCGGAUUCAGGGAAGGAAGCAUAAUAACAGACUUUGAUAUUCUGACAACGGAAAUUAAUCCAUCUGAAGUGGACAAUGCAAAUAAAAACCUUCCAGAAGCAAUGCUACACAUUGCUUCUGUUAUUGGCUCAGUUACUGCGCUGUUCAACAGUCAAACUCGCAUUGUUCCUCCAGGCCCCCUUCUAACUGGCGAACCCAUGAAGCUGAUGUGUGAGGACAACCUGAAUGAGGCAGUCAUGACCGGUUCUGUGUGGAAAUUGAAUGGAAAGAAAAUUGAAAUCGAUGGAAGGAUUACAAAAACUGAUUCUGGUUUGACCUCUAGCCUUCAAAUUGAGAACGUCAUCCUUCGUGAUAUUGGACGUUACGAAUGUACUCUGACGGGCGGAAUCAUAACUUUCAGGCAAAAAGGAGAUGUAACGGAUAUCACACAAGCUCCCAAUAUACGACUGCGGAGGGAAGUCAAUGCUAAAUGUAAGGAGGGAGAGACACAACCCCUUGAGUGUUGUGUGCAGUCCCCCUAUAAGAUCGAGUGGGUAGGACUGGACUAUAGCCAAGUCGAUGGAGGAAACUGCAUCAAGUAUGAUUACUCGUUCGAGAGCUGCAGCGUAGCAAAGGAAAUGGUUUUCACUUGUAAAGUCAAGGAUAAAUCUAAUCAAGAUCAAACUAGGUUGAACGUUUUCAUAGACGAUGUAUUAUGUGAUGAUCCUCCAUAUGGGGAUGGAAAAAAAGACGACGAAUCAAGCAUAGAAUGUGAUGAAGGUCUAGCAGGGUUCAAGAAGGCGCGGUGUCAGCUACCAGGAGAGUGGAAACUUUUGGAGGACACCUGCAUUGUAACAAAAAUCAAUGAAUUGUUAAUUGCUUCGGAGAAUUUGAAUGAGGAGACGGUGCCAGAAUUUGUGGCGAAUCUAAGUAUGAUUGUCAGAAAUGAACAAACUCAAGUUUCUGAUUCACCUGCAACCAUAUCCGCUAUCGUUGACAUCAUAGGGAACAUAGCCAAUAUCGGUGAUGAAAUCAGUGCAUCUGACAUAAAGGAUGUACUUCAGGAUGUACUUGAAACAGUUGAUGUCAUCAUUGGUGAUGAUUCAAGAGAGUCCUGGGAAUUUCUGAAUGCAAAUGAAACCAGUAAUACGAGCUCAAGUCUACUGGGUUCCAUGGAGACCCUCGCUAGUAGAUUGGUGGAGGAGGUUAACUUUACGACUCCACGGAUCAUAUUAAGCAGUACCACAUUUAACAACUGCUUCAUGGCAAAUCUGAAUUCAAGCGUCUUCUUAGAACUACCAGACGACCCCAACCUUAUCAAUGUCUUUAUCACCACCAUUACCUUUGCUACUCUUAACAAUGUUAUGCCGGCGCGGAACUCCAGCCUCUUCAAUGCCACCAACAAUGAGACUGUCAUCAAUGCUGCUGUCGUGCUUGUCCAAAUAAAUAUGAAUGAAACAAUUCAGAAUGUUACUCUGCGCUACAGAAAGCUGAACAAGUCGCUGUCACAAGUCCCACAGUGCGUCUUCUGGAACUUUACAGUCUUUAAUAAUCUGGGUGGUUGGGAUGAUGAGGGCUGUACAUUUAUUUCCGACAUAAACGACAUAGUAACCUGCAACUGCAACCAUCUCACCUCCUUCUCAAUUCUGAUGGCGACUGACAUCCCUCCAGGGCUGGGAGUCGCCUUGGAUAUAAUCACUUAUGUUGGGGUUGCGAUAUCUCUGGCAAGCUUAGUUAUAUGUCUGAUAAUUGAAGGAUACGUUUGGAAAGCCAUUACCAGAAAUAGCACUGCCUUCAUGCGUCAUGUUUCCAUCAUUAACACUGCCCUGUCUCUGUUGAUCGCCAACAUCUGUUUCAUCAUCGGAGCCUCUAUUGCUAAGAACCCCCUCGAAAACCCAGGGGAGAACUUUGUGGUUCCAGUUGGACCAUGCAGCACAGCAACAUUUUUCAUGCACUUUUUCUACCUCGCUGUGUUCUUUUGGAUGCUGGUGUCAGGCCUACUGCUCUUCUACCGGACGGUUAUGGUCUUCUCCCACAUGUCCAGGUCAACCAUGUUGGGCAUUGGCUUCCUAUUAGGCUAUGGGUGCCCUCUGAUUAUAGCUGUUAUUACUGUUGCUGUCACAGCACCAGGAAAUGGAUACAUCAGGAAAGACAAGGCUUGUUGGCUCAACUGGUUUGAGACACAUGCCCUGCUGGCCUUGGUGAUACCUGCCUUGGUAAUAGUUUCCAUCAACCUCAUAAUUGUAAUCGUGGUCUUGUUCAAAAUGCUGAGAAGAGGUGUGGGAGACGCUGCCCAAACAGAUGAAAGGCACACACUGGUGGUCAUUCUAAGGUGUGUGGUCAUUUUGACUCCUUUAUUCGGACUGACCUGGGCUUUAGGAAUCGGAACCAUGAUAUCAUCAACAAAUAAGGGAAUCCACAUUGCCUUUGCCUUCUUCAAUUCACUACAGGGUUUCUUCAUUUUAGUGUUCGGGACACUGUUUGAUUCAAAGAUCCGUUCUAUCCUGUCAAGAAAAAUACCUACAUCAAGCACAGGCUCAAAUAAUACAACAAGAAGUACCAGUGGUGGCAUUGCCUCUCACAGUGGACUAAGCUGGAUAAAUCGACUGCGUGGAAGAAGAUAUAUGUACCAUUUGUCAGAAGCGGCAAACUCAAGAAGCAACGGUGCAUCGGAGUCAUUCAGCAAUAUCUGAGUCAGCGCUUCAACUGUUCAUAUAAAAUGUGUUUCAUUACUGACUUAAAAGAUCAGCCAGUUAUUGUUUAUAAUAACAAACUCAAAGACAUAAAGUUCACUUGGAUGUUCUCAGUUUUCUAAUGAGAAGCCCUAGAAAAGCAAGCGUGACGUGUCUGAAUGUAAAGUUUUGUGUUAUUUGAUAGUGAAUAAAAAACUGUGAAAUGGUACUUUUGAAACAUAUGCCUUGUGCUGCUGAUUUUGAAAUGUAAAGUCUACUGUUUCUUCGUUUGGUAAGAAGCACAAAAGCCAGUCCGGGGGGGAUAAUGUAGCAUUCUGGUGUACUCUGAUAAGAAAAUGAAGUGAUAAGACAAGUCCUCUUCAUCAUCUCAUCAGUAUCUGGGCCUCAUGUUUCGUGGUCAUAAAAGUUAGCACCAUGAAAUUGCCUCAUUCUACUUUGAGUUAAAACAAACA